AUGCUUCUUGCAGCGGGAAGUAACUUGAAAGAAGCUAAAGUAGUCAUGCUUGGCUCAACAACUGUUGGUAAAUCAUCUAUUGUGACAAUGCUCACGCGCGGAUCUUUCUCGGAAAGCUGUGCUUCAACAAUUGGAGCAGCAUUUCUCUCAAAAACAAUUAAUUUAGGCGAUCAAGAGUUGAAAUUGCAGAUUUGGGAUACUGGAGGUUCAGAAAGAUAUAGAGCAAUGGCACCAAUGUAUUUCCAAAAUGCAAAUGCUGCAAUUAUUGUUUAUGAUAUUACUUCUUCCACUUCAUAUAAUGAUGUAGAAAGUUGGCUUAAAGAAUUACGCGAAAAAGGCCCAGCUUCAAUUAUAAUAGCGUUAGCAGGAAAUAAAUCUGACCUCGAUCAGCAGAGAUGCGUUGCUACCGAGGAUGCACAGAGCUUCGCUCAAAAGCAUGGAAUCCCAAUUUUCAAAGAAACAUCUGCUCUCAAAGGUAUAAAUAUUCAAGAAAUUUUCACAGAUGUUGCUGUAGCCAUAGCUAGAGGUGCUGUUUCAACAGCUCCAGCUGAGCAAGUAACCCUUACUGAAAGCAAUCCUAAAGACAAAAAGAAGAAGUGCUGUUAA